GACUGUUUCAUACGCGGUUGUUGUCUCGCUAGUUCAUCAUUUGCAAGAAAUGUUGUCUUUUCCUUCUCUUCAGGUUCAGGUGGCCUCCAUCUUGGAGGUUUUAGCGAAAACGGCAGUAGUAGAAAUUACCAAACUAGUCGACGAUGGGUCUGCUGUUUGGCGAUUGGAGAUGUGCAGAAGCCAAAGAGAGAACGAAACGCUAAAAACGAAGUUACUGCUGAUGGAGGGAGAGCUCAGGGCUGUGCGAGGAUACGGAGAGGGCACUUCAGGGGCAGCUGCAGCUAACGGUGGUGAAGGGCCCCUCUGUAAGGAGGAGGAGCUGCACAUGCCACUCUGCCCUGCAGGAGACCCAGAAAAGGAGCUGCAAGCAGAACUCAAACAGGAGCCAGAGGAGCAGCCUCUCACCCCCACACUCCCCCUGCUGGAGUCCGCAGACUGGGGGAUGGAGCUCCAGGGUGUGUGGAGCAUGGCCAACAGCUUGAGAGUUGAUCAGGAACAAAACGGGCAGUGUGGAGGAAGCUCGGAGCAUGGAGAAGCCCGGUUAGACGAUGACUUCUCUCCUCCACAUUACACAGAUUCUCAGAGGCCACACUCGGAGAAGGGCGAGGGGUCAGCAUCACACCUCGAGCAGAAACAAAAUGGCUGCCCCCUCGACAAAGAGUGCUCUCAUGGGCUGCCUGAUGAGGUUUCAACAGAGAUGGCGUUCCCUCUGGGUUCUCCAGGAGAGUGUGAUGGAAGCGCCCCGUGUGAGGCGGGUUCUGACACGUCAGCAGAAGCAAAGAGUCCCUGCAGAACUGAGGGACAGGAGGAGGAGUUCAUCUGCACACGCUGUGGGAAGACGUUCCCGGACGCUCUUGAACUGAAGACGCACGAGGAGCAGCACAGCGCGGGGAAACGGUUCAGCUGUUCAGAGUGCGGCAAGGGUUUCACUUCCUCCAGCGUCCUGGAGAAGCACGAGCUGGUUCACAGCAGGGAGAAACCGUUCAGCUGCUCUGUGUGUGACAAGAGCUUCUCCCAGUCACACGUCCUCAAAGCUCACGAAAGCACUCACACAGGGCAGAAACUGUACGCUUGUGUCGGAAAACGCUUGAAAACGCUUGAAGCCCACCAGCGUGUUCACAGCAGAGAGAAACCCUUCACUUGUGAACAGUGUGGAAAGUGCUUCUCCAUGAAGAGCAAUCUUAAAACUCACCAGGUGACUCACACAGGAGUGAAAUGCUUCAGAUGCACAGUGUGCAAAAAGAGCUUUGCCUAUCUCCAUGUUCUUAAGCAACAUCAGCGAGUCCAUACAGGGGAAAAACCCUACUGCUGCAACGAGUGUGGGAAGAGCUUUACCCAACGAGGUAAUCUUAAAACUCACCAAAGGGUCCACACCAAAGAGAAACCCCACUGCUGCAACCAGUGUGGGAAGAGCUUUGCCCGACUAGAUCAUCUUAAAACCCACCAAAAGGUCCACAUGGGAGAGAAACCAUUUUGGGGAAAACCAUUCAGUUGCACACUGUGCAGGAGGAGUUUCUCCCAGAAUCGCACUCUUCAGAGACACGUACUUUCUCACAAUCAGGACUCCAGACUAACAGCAUCCCAACGUCCCGGGGCGAUAAAUAAUGUUUUCGGGACAAACUGAAAUCAUUCCCGGGACACCUUUGUGACAAAAAGUUAGCCUACUGUAGUAAUCAGUGCUGAAACUAGCCUACUGUAGUAAUCAGUGCUGAAACUAGCCUACUGUAGUCAACUGUGCUGGAACUAGCCUACUGUAGGAGUCAGCAUUGCCUGACGGUUGUUUUUUUAUUUUUUUGCCCAUAUGUGUAUUGUUAUUCAUUGUUUACCGCCAAUGGUGCAUCUAGGUACACAUACUAUAGUUAUUUACAACAAUAAGAAUUUACUUGAGGCUACCAGUGUGGAUACAGCAUUUUGAAUAACCUAUGAAUUACCAACAAGAACACCAACUAUGACAAGAAUAAAUACAAGUUUUGCUAUAUAUACAACAUUAAGUAAAACUGUAUAAAUGAACAUUUAUGGUAACUGAAAAUACAGUCAG